AUGAUGAUGAAUCCAUGUGUUGUCUGUUUGGCACGUGGAAAUGGGAAGCAUUUCGGAGUCGAUGCGUGCAGAGGUUGCACUGCAUUCUUUCGACGGACAGUGGUCAAUAAGAGGAAGUAUAAAUGUAGUGAAGACGAAACUUGUGAUAUUGAGAGAUCAGAAGGAGUCCUAUGUAAAAAAUGCCGAUUCGAGAAAUGCCUGAAGAUGGGAAUGAAAAAAGAAGCUAUUCAAAACCAUCGGGACAUUUAUGGCCGUCGGAACCCAAAAGCUAUUCUCCCCUCUCCAUCCACCUCUAAUCCUCAAAUUACCGUAUCCACUUCAAUAUUAUCAACAAUAAAAAGAAACUACUCUCAACUGGAAAACGUGAGGGUAGUUGUGCAUAGUAUGGAAGGAGGCAGCAUGUUUCUGAAACCUGCACCACGUGGACAGACAUACAAAGAAACGUAUCGGUUGCUGUUGAGAGAGUUUUAUCUGGUGGCUGAUUGGAUUUCGAAUUCAUUUCCUCAUUUUACAGAGCUCCCAACAAAUCAAAAGGACAUCCUACUUCGCAACUUCUAUCUCACUUUCUAUAACCUGGAAGCUGGAUUCUUUGCUUGCCAACGGAACAGAAAUGACGUUUGGUUCCUUCCAAACGGAAAUUUUAUCAAUUGUCAGAAUUUGGAGAGCUUCUACCACGACCCUAAUAAUCUUCAAUCCAUGACUUCAGCAGAUGCCGCAAAACUGUUCAAAGGAACGUGCACUGGGUGUAAACGGAAUGUUCUGGAGCCCAUGUUGAGAGAGAACGUGUCACAGUUUGAGUUUUUGGCAUUGGCAGCGCUGAUACUUUUUGAUACAGGAUUAGAAGGACAAACGGACAGUUGUGUAGACAUUUGUCAGAAAGUCAGAACUGCAGUACUGAGAGAAAUGAUCCAUUAUUAUUCCACAAAACGAGUUGAGGAAUAUCCGCUAAGGAUGGCUAACAUACUUUCAAUUAUUCCAAGUGUACAGAAAGCGUCUCAAAAAAUGCAAAGUGAUCUUGAACUCGGACAUCUAUUCAACGCAUAUUCCGCAGAGAAGACGUUUUUUGAAAAUUGUAUGGGAAAGAGAUGA